AUGCCGUCCAUCCCUCGCGCCACAAUCCUCGCCUUUGGCGUAACCUCGUUCAUCUCGGGAUGGGCUUCACUCAUCUCACCAAAUCUAAUGAUCGAAUCCCUCAACCUCCCCACAGGCGCCCUACCAGCCGUAAAAGGCAACGCUCUGGCAGCCAUUGCCAUGGGCAUUUACUACACACUGGCCGCGUACCAAAACAACACUGCAUUUUUCGCCGCUACUGUUCCGAUGAGGCUGCUUACAGCUACGGUAUUCUGGGCGCAGAAUUGGAAGGCCGCGUCGAUCUGGGAGGGUGCGGGUGCUAUUUUAACUGCAGCGGCUUUGGUCUUGUCUUGA